AUGUCUUCCUACUUGAGCAAUUUGCUCACGCAUACAACAUCCCGAUACAAUUCGCUGCGUCGCACACUACUUUCGAGUGAAGACGAUGGCGACACCGAAGACGACACCCAUAUCUGCCGCGUCCUGCGCGCAUACUAUGUCGAGAAAGGUCGCCAAUUCCCUCAAUGGCUGCCACCAGACCCGAACGACCGCAAAUCAAUCACGCCACAACCUUCCGGUCAGUCAGGCUACUUCACCAGCGCUGGCGGCAAGAGCGCGUACGGGAGCGGACAACAAUCGCAGAAUCCAUCCUCACAGCGAGGCAGCCUGAGCGACCUCUGGGACCCUCCAGCAGCCGCGCAACAAUCACAGCCAAUGCAACCUCAGAGCCUGCGUAAUGCGCGACGACCCAUGAACAAUCAAUCACAGCCUGGCGGGCCCAACCUCGCUCCACCACAGGCUCGUCCACUACCGUCUCAACGCGCAGGUAGUUUUCAGAAUAUGGGAUCUCAAAGCGCUAUUGAUGGACGGGGUGGCGGGACCGCACAGGAUCGUCUCAAGGCACGCUUAUGGGGCGCCGGGCGA